AAGACUCUCGGGGGCGCGGGGCGCCUUCCCGCCCCAGACCCACUGGGAGGCUCUGCGCAGGCGCGGCAGUUGUGCGACAUCCGUCACUUACGGCCGAAGCGGUUUGCGCUGUACAGACCUCUUAGUUGGAGCUGUGCAGACCUCUUAGGAACGAACAGCUUCGGCGCGACUUGGUAUCCUGGAACUGACUCGCGGGGCCCGCCAUGGAGCCAGAGCAGAUGCUGGAGGGACAGACGCAGGUUGCAGAGAACCCUCAUUCUGAGUAUGGUCUCACAGACAACGUAGAGAGGAUAGUAGAAAAUGAGAAGAUUAAUGCAGAAAAGUCUUCAAAACAGAAGGUGGAUCUGCAGUCUUUGCCAACCCGUGCCUACCUGGAUCAGACAGUUGUGCCUAUCUUAUUACAGGGACUUGCUGUGCUUGCAAAGGAAAGAGUGAAAAUACCGUGGAGUCAAGUAUAAAUUAAAAACCCAGGGCCGACGUUGUGGCUUACUGGGUAAAGUUGACACCUGCAACACAAGCAUCCCAUAUUGGCGCCAGUUCAAGUCUUGGCUGCCCCACUUCCAGUCCAGCUCUUGUUAAUGGUCUGGGAAAGCAACAGCAAAUGGACCAAGUUCUUUGGCCCCUGCCACCCACAUGGGAAGCUCCUGGCUUCCCCUAACCCAGUCCUGGUCAUAUCGAUCAUCUGGGGAGUGAACCAGUGGAUGGAAGAUACCUUUUUCUCUCUGUCUCUCCAUCUCUGUAACUCUGACUUUCAAAUAAAUAAAUGAA